UUGUGUCUAUACAAGUUUUGAAGCACAAGCAAAAGAAAAGCAAUAGCCAAGAUUGUAGAAAUUUGAUAACCAAAACUAUCAUGGCUACCAAUCCUCCCACAAAUGUCCAGUUUACCAACUCUUCUGACGAAAUACUAUAUCUGAAUGCCGUCAACAUCUGGGUUGGGCCUCCGCAGUCUUAUAUUCCAUUGAAAGUUCCAGUUGGGCCAACGUUGGGGGUUACUCAGCAAGGUUCAGUUGUAGGCAUUGAGUACAAAUUCAAGGACAACUAUUCGUUGAUUGUUGCCUGGAUCAACAAUGGAGUCUCCAACAAGGUGUAUGCUCAGAUCCUUCCAGCCGGAACCGGUUCUCAGUCUGUGCAAUGGGCUCAAAUCAAAGAAAGUGUUGAAAAAUCAGGCAACUCCUUCGACACUGCUUACCUAUAUGGAUACAGGUGUGCUCUUGUAAUUGAUACAGUCGGCGCUACGCCAACACUAGGGGCAACAUUUUCCCAGGCAACAUAAGAACGGCAGCCAAGAGAUGAAGGGUGAGGCUGUUAAAAAUAAAUAAUAUGCGUGCUGGGUGGGUGCGGUACUAGUACUAUCUACUACUACAAUAAAUAAAUUUGACAGCCAGCAUGCCACCACUACUGCAUGCUCUCAGUGUCUUAAGUAAUUAUGUAACUGCUUUGUUUGUGUGUGUUUGUUAUAUGUAAAAUAUAUUUCAGAGUAUAUCUAAUCCUGUAAUGUUUGUUUAAUAAGUGUGAAAUUAUUACUUAAGCCUGCCCAAUAUUUUAGAUA